AUGUCUAUCGCUCCUCCUACCUCGAUCAACCAGCACUCCAUUUCAUAUCUCUUCACUGCCUACCUUGGAGCUGCGAAUCAUUACCUGGACAGCGGCUUCUCCGGCGUGCUCGAGACCGUGGUGCAGAAGGGCAAGCCACCGAGGUAUCUCUCUGCUGCCAUUUCGGCAACUAGCAUUGCAGCGUUCUCGAGACGGCCAAAUGCCCGAUUCCUCGCGGUGCGAGCGGAAAAAGUGUACUCAACAGCACUCAACGAGGUCAACUCAGCUCUGGCCAGACCUGGAUCUAUUGAUGAUGACGAUCUUCUCGCUGCCAUUCUACUUCUGGCGCUUUACGAGGUUUUCAUGUCCGAUCGUUUCACAGGCUAUUACAACCACAUUCUCGGUGCUGCAGUCAUCCUUAAACACAGGCAGGGCAGGCAGACCGGAGCUUUAGGCAGCGCGGUAGCUGCGAUGGCUUUCAUCCUGACAAGGAACGAAAUAAUGAAAUCCUCAAUUCUCACCCCGCUGUCUAGUAUUGAAAGCGAUAUCAAUCCUUGGCUGCGCUGGGUGCACGCCUUGGGCCUCGACACGUGGACCACAAGUGCUUACCGUCAUCUCCCAGCAUCGGUCAUGAGUGGACCAAUAAUGCACUUCAAGGCGAUGAUGUACCAGGCCAUGGAAGAAAGCUCAUUGACCUUGACCACACCAUCUGGCAAGAUUUCGUCCCUUUCACCUCGUGAUGGUGCCUCACCAAUGUCUGACGACGACGGUUCAAUUGUGUCUGAUGGUCAAUCACCAGGCCAGUCUCCGCCAAGGAUCAAUCCUGAUUAUUUGCCGGGCUUGAUCACGGCGCUUAUGGCCAUGUAUCGCCGGUUUGCUAAUAUCGACCGCGUCAUGUCAGAACUGUACAACGUCGGGCCGACUCCGUCACAAUCGCUCCCGGAUGAUCUGCCUCACAAGGUCGACGGCUGGGAUGUAUUCAUGGAGGGGCCGAUUCACAUCUACCACAACAUGCUGCACGCAGGCUUCCGGCUUGCUAUGGCUCUCGCAUAUCUUGAGCCUUGUUCAAAGGCUACUGUCAUUGCAAUGACGGCGCCAGGACUGGAUUACCUACGCGAGACGAACGAAUAUCAAGAACUUGAAGCAGGCGGCAGACGUGCAAUCGCCGAGAUUGUCGGCAGCGUGCCCUAUUUCUGCGGUCUCCUUCCGGCAUCCAUGACUGGCAAUCGCAAUUCCUCAUCUCGCCACUUGUUUGACGUGGCAGGCAUUCGCGAUGCGCAGGCAAUCUCUUUCUCGACCUGGGCAAUGGCCGCCGGCGUCAUGGCGCCACAGACCACCGGUGCUGAACGCGAAUAUCUCCUCCGUAUGCUACGGUACUGUCACGAGGUGAAGGGCCUCGGUCAGGCAGCGGCGCUGCACGAAGCGUGCAUGGAAGUCGUGCGCAAGAGCGCCACACCACACCACGCCACUGCCACGUCAAUCCCGGCCGCGUGGAUGGGGAGGGGCACGAGCUUAGAAAGUCUCAUCUACGAGGCAUCAACGCCAGAUAUGUGA